AUGAAAAACCCCAAAGUUCGUGAGUAAAUACACAACAUCACGCACAAAACCCACAAGUCAGCUAACAAAAACACAGCCCCUAAAAGUCUAGCCAAACUGAACCGUCCCAAAAACCCACGUGCUCGGGACGGGAUAUACAACAGCGAGAUGUCCACAUACCACCAAUGCCACCUCGCUCCCAGAGAACCCCAAGAAAUCCUCACUGAUCUGAAAAGACUAGAUUUCGACCGCAAAGACGAAUUUCUAGGGUUCUGGCUGGCAAGGGAAAAGGUGUUUACUACCCCGGUGAUGAUCCCUCUUGUUGAGGACUACUACGUUUCCUUUGGAGGACCCGGGCUGGCGAGACCGAAGGGACGCGGUGCUGGUGGGAGAUAUGUGCAUGAGACUUUCUCGAUCGUGGGUGCGACGGGAAAGUCCCGCUUGCCGGCUGUGGUGGUGUUUGAUAUUGGGGAUUUAUGUGUUAAGAAAGGGGAUGGGUAUGAGUCUACUAAGUUUCGAGUCGUGAUGGAUAUGUGGAGUAAAGAGGUGUGGAUUUUUUACGAGUACUGCAAGUUUAAUGAUGAUGAGACGGUGGAGAAGAAUCCGUUCGCGAUGAAUGGGGUCUUUUAUCAGAGUACGGGGAAGAUCUUUGAUAGUGCGAAGAUCUUGAAUUCGAUCCGGGAUUGGAAUGAAGGCCUGGAAGUGGAAACUGUCGAGAAGAAUAUCAAGAGGUCGGCUGCUAAUAUUGGACCUUAUAUCGAACCGGCUCUGUCUGACUACGUGGAACACGAGAUCAAGAUGAGGAAGGCUCCGUUGAGAAUGGAACAUUUACUUCCGGCGAACCUAAAUAAGCUGUUGUUUAAGUCGCGAAUCCAGGCAUUGGUCGACGGCUUUGCUGAGAGGGAAAGGGCUCGGAUGAUGGGCGAGUAUCAGUAUUCGAACUAG